AUGGCCUUCCCCACAGCGGAGCGGAGCGGCGCCGCACUCCCAGCCCUAGGGCCGCAUGGGCGAGCAGACCACGCAGUUGCGACGCAGCGGGUUGGUAGCAGUUUCUCCAACGAGAGCCUGCUGGCCUGUAGGCGUCCCAGAGUGGCCCUUGCUGAAAGAAAUCAGGUGGCUACGCUGUCAGUCCGACUGCUCAGGGAUGAUCCGGCAGCUGUGCAGGGCAAUGACCACGCUGAAGAAAAUUUCCAAAUAAAGAUGGAUGCUCAUGGAUUCUCCCCAGAAGAACUGGCGGUGCAGGUGGGCGGCCAAAGCCUGAUGAUGACUGGCCAGCACCAAGAGGAGUUGAAUGACCUAGUCAGAGGCAGUUACCACAUAAAGUAGAAAGUGUGCCAGCAAAUGCGACUACCUCAGAACUUAGAUCCCACCGCCACGACAUGCUGUCUGACACCAUCUGGGCAGCUGUGGGUCCGCAGCCAAAGCAGGGCAGUAACUCCCUCUGAAGUCCAAACUGAACCAACCCAGAGACCGAGGAGUCAGGGUUCCAAGAGGGCAAGCAGUGUGGCUGAGCUAAUGGCAACAGAUGCAGCAGGGAACAGCAGAGGACCCACUCCAGAACCAGGGGGAGGGUCCAGAACACCGAUAGCAUGCUGGACCCCGCAUAGGGAGGUGGGGUAG